CGAGGCCGGGCAGAGCGGAGCCGGGAGGCCCUGUGCGGUGUGGAGGUCGUUGGUGUCACCUGCCAGCCGCCUGCGCCUUCUCCUGCCGUUCCGCUCCCCGCCCGCUCCAACUAUGUUCUCCGCGCUCGCCCGCCCUGCGGGCGCCGCUCUCCGCCGCAGCUUCAGCACCUCGGCCCAGAACAAUGCGAAAGUAGCCGUGCUAGGGGCUUCCGGAGGAAUCGGGCAGCCCCUUGCGCUUCUCCUCAAGAACAGUCCCUUGGUGAGCCGCCUGACCCUCUACGAUAUUGCUCAUACGCCCGGAGUGGCUGCCGAUCUGAGCCACAUUGAGACCAGAGCAACCGUGAAAGGCUACCUCGGACCUGAGCAGCUGCCGGAUUGCCUGAAAGGCUGCGAUGUGGUGGUUAUUCCAGCAGGAGUCCCGAGAAAACCAGGCAUGACCCGGGAUGACCUGUUCAACACCAAUGCCUCCAUUGUGGCCACCCUGUCUGCUGCCUGCGCCCAGCACUGCCCCGAGGCCAUGAUCUGCGUCAUUUCCAAUCCGGUGAACUCCACCAUCCCAAUCGCAACGGAAGUUUUCAAGAAACACGGAGUCUACAACCCCAAUAAAAUCUUCGGGGUGACGACCCUGGACAUUGUCAGAGCCAAUACUUUCAUUGCAGAACUGAAGGGUUUGGAUCCCGCUCGAGUCAAUGUUCCUGUCAUUGGCGGCCAUGCCGGGAAGACCAUCAUCCCCCUGAUCUCCCAGUGCACUCCCAAGGUGGACCUUCCCCAGGACCAGCUAACAGCCAUCACUGGGCGGAUCCAGGAGGCCGGCACAGAGGUGGUGAAGGCCAAAGCUGGAGCAGGCUCGGCCACCCUGUCCAUGGCAUACGCCGGAGCCCGCUUUGUCUUCUCCCUUGUGGAUGCGAUGAACGGAAAGGAAGGAGUUGUGGAGUGUUCCUUCGUUAAGUCCCAAGAAGCAGACUGUGCCUAUUUCUCCACCCCGUUACUGCUGGGGAAAAAGGGCAUUGAGAAGAAUCUAGGCAUCGGCAAGAUCUCCUCUUUCGAAGAGAAGAUGAUAGCGGAAGCCAUCCCCGAGCUGAAGGCCUCCAUCAAGAAGGGAGAGGAGUUCGUGAAGAACAUGAAAUGAGGGGGGCAGCCAGCGAGCAGUCCGUUUCCCUAACUUACGAAGGCAUCAUGUCCCUGUAAAGCCAUCUCCUACCUCCUGUGUUUGAGUUGCGUUAACCACGAGUGUCGUGUUAGCGUCACCAUCCCUUCCAAAUCGCCGGUCUGUCUGUGGGCGCAUCAAUAAAAGCAGGCUUUGAUUUUCUUUUU